CAUGGAAAUUAUUGUAUGUAUAUACUGUUUUUAAUUGUUCAGGUUGAAGACACAACUAUGAUUUACAUCCCCCAUGAAUCUGCCCGGAAAACCCAUGAUGACGAGCCUAAAUAUGUGCGACUUUUUCAGAACAUUGAUCUCUCUUCUAACUUCUACUUCAGUAAGAGAACUAAUGAAGUGGAGACAGAGCAGUUGGUAUUUGAUGCACAUGUUGCAUCCCUCCAUCUGGGCAGGUUUACUUCAUUUGUACAGAUUCGAGGGUCCAUUCCUUCUCACUGGUCUCAGGAUGUGAGUAAGAUGGUACCAAAGCCACCCAUUACAUUUGACGUGAUGGAUCCGUAUGCAGAAACUGCAGGAAAACAUUUCAAUGAGUUACUCAGAAGAUUUGGUUCACCCAUCGUUAUCUUGAACCUUGUGAAGAGACGUGAACGUCGCCCCCAUGAAUCCAUCCUCAACACAGAGUAUUGCAAUCUUAUUGACCAACUGAACAUUACUCUUCCCCCACAGCACCAAAUCCAGUAUGUAGCUGUUGAUAUGGCUCGCAUCAAUAAACAGAAAGACGAGAAUGUGAUGAGCCGUCUGUCUGAAAUUGCAUAUAGGGCAGUAAAGAAGACUGGAAUCUUCCAGAGUUCGACCCCAUACUACAGCCAUCACCUUAAUCCUAACACUCACUAUCGCCACAUGGAAAGAACCAGCACGCAGGGAGAUGAUAGUUUUGGCUCUCGCAGAAACUUCACACUUAGUGAACGCCAUGGCCGAUUACAAACAGGAGUCGUGCGAGUUAAUUGUGUAGAUUGUCUCGAUCGUACAAAUACCGCCCAGUUCUGCCUUGGAAAAUGUGCCCUUGCAUUUCAGCUGUAUGCACUUGGAGUACUUGAACGUCCUUCAUUAGAAUUUGAUAGUGACUGUGUGCGAAUGCUUGAAGAAAUGUAUGAGGAUCACGGAGACACCCUUGCACUGCAGUAUGGAGGUUCACAGUUGGUUCAUAGGAUUAAAACUUACCGACGUACUGCACCGUGGACAAGUCAAGGAAAUGAUAUCAUGCAAACUCUCUCCAGAUAUUACAGCAACACUUUCUCUGAUACUGAGAAGCAAAAUGCAAUAAAUCUGUUCCUUGGUGUGUAUGUUCCCUGUGAAGAACCAGUUCCUAUCUGGGAGCUUUCCUCAGACUACCUUUUGCACCAUACACUAACACGAGGGGUUCGCCCAUGUCACAGUCGAAGUACAAGUCAGUGGUGGGACUCUGAUGUAAUGGAGACACUACCAUUGCCAGUGGAAGAAGCCAGAAAAUCUGUAUCACUCCUAAUGCCUGUUACUCAAUAUGAACCAAAGGUUGAUCUGUAUACGGACCACCAUCGACCAUCAGAAUUUUGCAUUUUAUCAGAAUUGUUUAGCUACCACAUGAGUCAUUCUGUAAGAGACUACAUGCCAAAUUUUACUACUGAUGAAAGCCCAUUCAGUGUGCGACGCCGCCCUGGUAAGCGACAGGAAGAACUGUCACGUAACCAUAGCUCCAGUUCACCUUCACCGAAAAACCCUGGUAUGACAGGUCAAGCCUCUACAUCUUCCACAACCUCUAGUGGUACUAGCUCAACUGAGAGUGAGGCCACUGAUGAUGAUGAAUUGUCUGUAGUGAGCACAGCUAGUGAUGAUGAUGGUGACAACAGUCCUAGCCUUUCCUUGGUUUCCUUCUUUCCACCAAUGACUGAGACAUAUGGUGACUACUUACAUGAGCCCUCAAGAGCUGACAAUUCUGUUUAUAAAAGGCAUGAACAGAUUUACAGAAUAACAUGUUGUCCUCUGGCAAAGAUGAACCAAACCAUUGGGACUGCAGCUCCCUUGGUACUGAUUCAGAGAUCAAGCUUCUGUCUUGAUUCUUCUGUAGAAACUGACCCACCUACUGUUGAUCGCCGUUCAAGAGACAUCUAUAACAGAUAUGUUGCCAUGGCAGCAAAAGGACCACAGCCACCAGCAAACAGAGAUCUUCUUAUGUAUAGAAAAUUUACUAGCUUUUCAUAAAAUAUCUAGGGGAUACAGCCUUUGCCACAGCACUCAUAUAUUUAUAGCAAGUGUCAUAUACCUGAUAUUUGCAACUCUUAAUAAUAUAGCAAACACAAAAUGUUACACUUUUGUCAACAGCAAUUAUAUUCAUGGAGAAGUGCUAAACCCAUAGGGGCCACACAGCACCUUGGAAAUGGAAAGUAAUCAGGUUUGAUCCGAGAAAGGGGACAGUAGCUCCAGCUCAUUGGAUCACUAGCCCUUCAUUGAUGUCAAGGCACCUCUCUUGUAAAUUGUAAAAUAUUUUCAUUCCACUUAGAAUAAUAAGUUAAUUGCUUCCAUUUGACAAAUACCAAAGGUACGUAAUGGUUUAACUAUAAUUUUCUGAUGUAUUAUAAUAAUAAUAAUAAUAAUAAUAAUAAUAAUAAUAAUA